AUGAGCAAGCGAUCUGCUAGUCCGGCUUUAACUCCGUCGAAAAGGGCCAGAAAACACCUGGUAUCCACUAUUCACAAGCAUUAUGAUUCGAUCAACAGUCAAGAUGACUACAAACAUAUGUACCUCGCAGUGCAAGCUUUGGAUAUUUUUUGCUGGGGUACAGGAUCGAUGUGUGAGCUUGGGUUGGGACCUCUGGCCAAAAAUAAGGAGGUGAAAAGACCGCGGCUCAACCCUUUCCUGCCCAAAGACGAAGUUAAGAUAAUCUCUUUUGCUGUGGGUGGGAUGCACGUCCUGGCUCUGGACCAGAACAAUAAGGUGUGGUCCUGGGGAACGAAUGACUCAGGAGCCCUCGGACGUGACACUUCGGGGGCCAACAUCCAGCUUAAAGACAUGGACGCCGACAACAGCAGUGACGACGAGGAUGGAGACUUGAAUGACCAAGAGAGUACUCCGACUCAAGUCCCAGCUGACUCGAUGCCCCUCUCGGACCAUAAGGUUGUUCAAUUGGCUGCGACCGAUAACCUAAGUGCUGCUUUAUUAGACAAUGGGGAUGUCUAUGCCUGGGGAACAUUUAGGUGCAAUGAAGGUCUCCUAGGAUUUUAUCAAGAUUCGAUCAAAACUCAAAAGGUUCCAUGGCAAGUUCCCUCCUUUUGCUCCUCAAAGGUAGUUCAAAUGGCCGCUGGGAAGGACCACAUUUUGUUCUUAGAUGAAGCGGGUGUAGUGUACGCCUGGGGUAAUGGCCAACAAUACCAGCUCGGAAGAAAAAUCAUGGAACGCUCGCGUCUGAGAACUUUAGACCCAAGAGCGUUUGGUUUAGAUAAAAUCAAGUACAUUGCUUCGGGCGAAAAUCACUCUUUUGCCCUAAGCAAGGAUGGAAAGCUAUACAGCUGGGGACUAAACCAAUUUGGCCAGUGUGGUGUGACAGAAGAGGUUGAAGAUGGUGCUUUGGUUACGGUUCCAACAGAAGUAUUACUCCCUGAAGGAACAAAGGUCAAAGCGGUUUCUGCUGGAGAACAUCAUUCUUUGGUUUUGUCUGAAGAAGGUGAGCUGUUCAGUUUUGGUAGAUUCGACAUGUUCGAAAUUGGUAUCGCAAAAGAUAAGCUACCAGAACACACCUAUAUGGACGCCCAUGGUAAACCCCGUGCCGUUCCGGUACCCACAAAACUCGGAGAUGUUCCUCGCUUCAAAAGCAUUGCCGCUGGCUCCCACCAUUCCUUGGCAAUUUCUGAAGACGGCAUUGUAUACUCAUGGGGAUUUGGAGAGACCUAUGCCGUUGGGUUGGGCCCUUCUGGUGAGGACAUCGAGGUACCAACCAGAAUUAAGAAUACAGCCACGCAAGACCAUAAUCUUCAAUUCAUCGGUUGUGGUGGACAAUUUUCAGUUUCUGGUGGCGUCAAAUUGAGUGACGCAGACGCUGAAAAGCGUGCUGAUGAUCAUGAUGAUUGA